AUGCACACGGCGCAAGCCCUUGCGUCCAUCCGGCGCUCCCGCACGUUAGACAAUGAAGGCGGUACCUCUCGCGUGCGCAAAUUCCCGAGCGAGCACUCGUCGUUGCUUCCUAGCAAUAGCCACGACGGCAGCAACGGCCACACCAAUGGUAGUACCAAGUACCAGACGGGAGCGUCUGAUAUUGAAGCUAACAACGCACCGCUCACAGUUAAGGAGGACGCGCAAGCCAUUUAUGCAAUGAUCAAGGAGCAGCCGCUUAAUCUUUUGCUGCUUGCAGCACCACUGGCUAUUUGGGCGUCAUUUGGCGGUUGGAGUGACCUUUGGGUCUUUAUCUUUAACUUUGUUGUCAUGAUUCCGCUCGCCAACCUCUUGGGCGAAUCCACUGAGUCACUUGCCUUUCAUACAGGCGAGACAAUUGGUGGACUUGUGAAUGCCACAUUCGGCAACGCUGUGGAAGUUAUUGUUGCUAUCUUUGCACUGCAAGCGGGUGAGAUCAACGUGGUACAGAGCUCUCUUAUUGGUUCAGUGUUGUCUAAUUUGCUGCUUGUGCUGGGCUGCGCUUUCAUUGCCGGCGGCUUACGAAACAAGGAGAGCUCGUUUAACGCUGUUGGUGCUAGCGCCAACUCAUCGCUUCUCAUGCUAGCCAGCUUCGCAAUGCUGCUACCCAGCUACAUCUUCUACUUCUCGGACCACGACACGGAAGAAAUCCGUGUUGCUAACACACUCAUCCUCUCGCGCAUUGCUGCAGCCUUUUUGCUCUUCAUGUACAUGCAGCUACUCUUCUUCCAGCUCAAGACGCACGCUGACUAUUUCGAGGGCGAAAAUAGCGAAUCCGAGGAAACUGUGGCGCUGUCUAAGCGAGCCAGUGCGACAGUGUUGCUUGUGGCAACCCUUCUCGUAGCCAUGUUUUCCGAGUUUCUCGUUGAUUCCAUUGACGGUUUUGCCGCUCAAAUGCAUUUGAGUAAGUCAUUUAUUGGCAUUAUUUUGUUGCCAGUUGUGGGGAACGCUGUGGAGCACGUGACGGCCGUCAAGGUGGCGCUGAACAACAAGAUGGAGCUUGCAAUGGGCGUUGCAGUGGGAUCAGCGACGCAGGUGUCGCUCUUUGUGGUUCCCGUUGUUGUGAUCUCUGGCUGGUUCAUGGACCGCGCCAUGUCGCUGGCGUUUCCUCAAUUCGAAAUUCUCAUCUAUCUCAUGUCAAUCAUUAUCGUCUACGCCAUUAUUGCUGACGGCAAGUCCAAUUGGCUCGAGGGCUCGAUGCUUCUCACCGCGUACGCGCUAGUGGCCACUUCUCUUGUAUGGGUCGAAGUUCCGACUGCACAAUAA